AUGACUAAUGACAAUAGUGGCAUCUGGGUCCUAGGCUAUGGGUCACUCAUUUACAAGCCUCCGCCUCACUACACGCAUAGAAUACCUGCAGUUAUCCACGGUUUUGUUCGUCGGUUUUGGCAGAGUUCCACCGAUCAUAGGGGUACGCCUGAGAACCCUGGUAGGGUGGCUACGCUGAUCCCGUAUGAGGAAAUUCUAAGUCAGACUGGCUUUUUAAAGAAUGUGAAUCUUUAUAGUCAGAGCGCGCCCAUUCAGGGCCCAGACGACUUAAUUACCAUAGGAAUAGUGUACUAUAUUCCAGGAGAACACGCCGAAAAGGUCAGAGGGUAUCUGGAUAUUAGGGAACAGAAUGGGUAUACUCUGCACCAGGUUGAAGUGCAUCUGGAGACCAACCGGGAGCACGAGGCAGAAUUGGGUGAAGCACUAGAAAAAUUGCCCUGCCAUGAUAAAACGGGUAAACGAGUUUUACUCACCACUGUGUAUAUUGGCACUGUUGACAACGAGGCCUUUGUUGGACCAGAGACCGUGGAUGAAACUGCGAAAGUCAUCGCUUCGUCGCAUGGACCCAGUGGUUCUAACUAUGAAUACCUUGCCAAACUGCAGCAAGCGCUAGAGCAAAUGGCCUUGGCAAAAGAACAAAGGGUAAUUACCGACCAUUAUCUUACUGCUCUACUUGAGAGUGUCAAUAAGUACUAUAAAUAA